UCAAGAAUAGCUUAGUAACAAAGUGAAAGAAAACAAAUAACAUAAUACUGCUGAUCUUUUUAUAAUCAAAAAACCUUGUUUGCCUUGACGUUUUUCACUUGAUUGUGAUCAAUUUAUUGUGCUCAUUGUUAUUUUUCUGUGUACUUCUUUACUGUACCUGCACUUGUAGCCUAUUUAUCAUCAAUUUACUUUUCAGUUUUUUUCUAAAGUAAAACCAACCUCUGAUAUAACCUAUUGAAUUUGCUGGAUAGUUUUGACCCUUGAAUAUGUGUAUUAUACGCAAACAUUUACCCGAUUGUGAAGAUGAAAUAAGCGCCAACAUUAACCCUGAGGAAGUAAUCAAUCCAACCACUAUCUCAGAUAAUGAUGGCGACCAUGAAGAAGAAACCAUCACAACAAAUCAAAAUCAAAUUGACUUGGAUCGUCAGAUAGCUGAGGAAUUUCAAGCUCGUGAAAUGGAAAGACAAGAUAGAAACCGAGCUCGUCGGUUCCGUGAACAACAGCAAAGAACCGUCCUACGACCUGAGCCUACCUUCAGAGGGCUUGGUUGUCGUGGUAAAAGCCACAAAAAAUAUCGCCGUUACGAGAACGCCAACCUUUUCAAAGACAUACCUGUGAUCGAUGGUGAUGAUCAUCUUGCUGAAUUGUCCAUUUACGACUUUGUGCCUCACUCUGUCACUGCCCUCACUGAACUUUUAAUGAACAAGGAAAAUAUGCAAGUAUGGAACCGCUUUAUUCACCUUCCAGAGGAAGCUCAAGAAAAUUUCUUGAGAAAAUAUAAUAAUCGAAGCAGAAAGCGAGACUCUAACAAGUCUCUGAAGAAUAGCAAACAAAACUCUUCGGCAAAAUUUGCCCUGUUUAUUGUUAAUAUCGAAGAUCAAUGAACAAGGUGUUUUACUUGACAAAAACACCUUUAACAGGUUGAUUACCAGCGCACAUCCAGUGGAAUCGUCGAUAGCUGUUUUAAAAGAUUGGAAAAAUGACUACUCCAAUUAUUCCUAUAAGUAUCAUAUGGUAGCCAUUUGACGGAUAGACGAGUUUUGACAUUUAUUUCGGACUUUUUCUCAAGAUGUAUUAAACUGGUAAUCAUUUACACUAUCGGGAUCUAAUUUAAUAACUACAAAAUCAACAACAAAAAAAGGAAAUCAAACAAGCAGAUGUGACAAUUUCAGCUCAAUCAAGUGCAAACGAACCUUUCUGAUUUUGGAUGGUUUGUUUUCUUGUUUUUCGUUUUUCUUCGUACAAAAUGCCCAAUCAUGAUUUUCGGUAAAAAUAAGCUACAAAAUAAGUUUAUUAACCAAAAUCAAACCAAAAAAAGGACAAAAAACUUCAAAAUGACUGUAUUUAAAAUCAGAGAUUACCCUGCAAAUUUUCUUUGCAAAUUUUGUUUUGUCAUUUUACUCAAUUGUAAUAUUUCCUCAAAUUUACUCUAUGUUUUAGGACGACGAGAUGCAGCAAAUUUGUUCGUUGCAUAUUGUAUCAUUAUCUGAUCGCCAUCUUCAUUUGACCAAUUGUAUUUACAAUAGACUCUUCUCUGCUUCAUAAUGUAUUAAAAUAUAUUGACAUUGCAUUACA